CUUAGUCAGAACAAGUAAAGAUUGAGCAAGGAGACGGUACAGUCGCAUUCCUAUAAAUAUAUUAUUUUAAUAAUGACGUCAUUAACAUUUGUGUUUCUCGUAAUUGGAGUAGCCAUUAAUUUGGGAAACGUUAAAGCAUUGUCUGAUGAUGAAAAGACCAACAUCCACGCAGGUUUACUACCAUUCAUAGCAGAGUGUAGCAAGGAAUACGGUGUGACAGAGGAUCAGAUCAAAGAAGCCAAAGAAUCUGGUCAGAUUGGUACCAUCAAUCCUUGUCUAAUGGGAUGUAUAUUUAAGAAAGUCAAUGUGAUUGACGAAAAAGGAUUAUUUGUUCCUGAAAAAGCUGAAGAAAUUACCAAGAAGUUCUUGACAAAUGAGGAUGAUCAAAAGAAGGCUUUCGAUAUCAUCAAAACUUGUACAUCAGUUAACGAGAAAGAUGUCAGCGACGGAGAGGCCGGUUGUGACAGAGCCAAGCUUUUGUACGAAUGCUUCAUCCCAUUCAAAGGGGCGAACUCACAACAUGAAUAUUUGUCGAAAUUUGGACCAUUAAACACAUUUACACUUCAGUUUUAUCCGUGUCAAAAACGAUCCAUUAAAAUGGUUAAAACAUUCAUAAAGUUCUUUUUUUAUACUACUAUUUUAUUAAACUUAUAUGCAAUGGCAAUGGAUAUGGAAGAAUUGAAACAGCAAUAUGUAGAAGUAAUCAUGAAUUGCGCCAAGGAGUUCCCUCUUUCUGCAGAUGAUAUGGAAAAGCUUAGUAACAAACAGAUGCCUGAUAAUGAGAACGCCAAAUGUCUCUUCGCGUGCGCCUACAAAACAUCAGGAAUGAUGGACGAUCAGGGAAAUCUGUCAACUGAAGGCGUAAACAAAAUCGCUGACAUGUAUUUAGCUAAUGAUCCUGAUCGACUUGAACAAGCAAAGAAAUUUACAGAAGCUUGCAAAUACGUUAAUGACGUUAAUGUCUCUGAUGGAAAUAAAGGUUGUGAACGGGCUGCGUUAAUAUUUAAGUGCAGUAUUGAAAAAGCUCCACAGGCGUUGACUGACAAGGAGCUUAAAGAAAAAUUCGUAUCAACGUUAAUGACUUGCAUGCAAGAUCAUCCUGUAGAAAUGACGGAAGCGCUUAAAUUGAAACAGCUGAUAGUUCCGACAAAACGGGAGGUCAAGUGUCUUCUGGCUUGUGGCUACAAGAAAUUAGGAACUAUGAAUAGCGACGGUAUGUAUGAUAUCGAAACUGGCUACAAGCUUGCCGAAAUGGUGAAAAGUGGAAAGGCAGAUGAUAGUAAAAGAUUUGAAAACGCUAAAAAAUUGGUUGAUAUGUGCAGCAAAGUAAACGACGAAACGGUUAGUGAUGGCAAAGAGGGAUGUGAAAGGGCUGCUUUAAUAUUUAAAUGCAGUAUUGAAAAAGCUCCGCAGGCUCAGGAGUCAGGACCAACAUCUUAA